AUGGGAAGGAGAAGGAGAUGGAGAAGGAGACGGGUAGGGGUGGAAACAGGCCAGGCCAGGCCAGGCUUUGCUCUUAACAGGCCUGGCCUGUCAUACAGUCAGGCCAGACCAGGCCAAACACAGGCCAGGCUGCAGGCCCCUGGCAGGCCGCCUGGCCUUUUUCCACCCCUAGAGAUGGGGAAGGGGAAUGGGAAGGGGAAGGGGAAGGUUGGGGAUGGGGAUGAAACAUUAAGAAUUGGAAGGGAAGGAGAAGGAGAAGGAGAUGGAGAAGGAGAUGGGGAUGGGGAUGGGGAUGGGGAUGGGGAUGGAGAAGGGGAAGGGAAAGGGAAAGGGAAAGGGAAAGGGAAAGGGGAAGGGGAAGGUUGGGGAUGGGGAUGGGGAUGA